AUGUCCCUUAGACCUAAACUUUCAAAAAUGAAAGUGCUACUAUUUUUAACCUUUGUGGUCAUAUGCUUUGGAAAUCAUGCAGGACACUCUUCAUUAAACAGUGCAAAAAAUGUCAAAAUUAGCCAUGGAAAGAAAUCAUUACUGAAUGGAAGAUGGGAGUUGGAGUACAGCAUUGCUACCACCUGGGACAGUCUACCAGUGACCAACAGACCUGUUACUUUCUUCUUCAAACCAGGGGAUCAAGGCCUGCUGAUGGAAGUGAGUGCUCCCUUCUUUGAUGAUCCUCCAGCACCUCCUGGUUCCCCAGGGCAACCUUUUAAUGGACUCUGGGAAUAUGAAGUUGUGGAAGCAUUUUUUCUAAACAGCAUAACCAAAAACUAUUUGGAAGUAGAACUUUGCCCACAUGGACAACACCUAGUCCUCUUGCUCUCUGGUGGUGAAGCUUUUGCAAAAGAAUUGGAUUUAAAUUUUAGGGCUGACAUAGGUGGGAAGGAGUGGAAUGGAACUGCAGUUCUUCCUUGGGAAUAUUUCCCACCUGGAAUAGAAAAGAUGAAUUAAUAUGCCAUCCAUGGAUCUGGGGAUAAAAGAAUUUAUGAAGCUCUUUAUCCAGUGCCCCAUGAAGAGAUUGCAGCUGGACAAGGGCCCAAUUUCCAUCUCCUGGAGUAUUUCAAAUCCUUCAGUCUGAAGUGGGUGAUGGGAGACGACUGGGAGCAGCCUCAUUCAAAGCUGUGGUCUUAGCUUUAUUCAGCUUUAUUCAUAAUAACUGUUUCAAAAAACCCAGAGAAAGUCAUGGAAGAAAUCCAAACUCAACUCACCCCUUUGCCUUCUGAUUGUAUCAUGGAAAAAAGAAGUCUUAGAAUUUUGCUGCUGUCAAUAAUGUCACAAUAUAUGGGAAAUAAAACAUCUGUGCAAAGGAGUCUUAAACAUCAA